CAUUGUUUUCUUCCAUGAUCUGGUUCGUGCACUUGGCUGUAAAGCAAUCAAAUUUUUUUAUAAAUACUUGGCCGUAAAGGCAAACAUUUUUUGUAUAAAACACUGCAAUGGCCUCCUUACAUAUGCGUCUUCCUUAUGCUAUUAAAAUUUACGAACGCAUUUUACCAAAAGCAACAAUUUAUCCAGUAAAGAACUAUUUCACGUCACCUUCAAAUCAAGGGGACAAAAAUUUAUUUACUCCUGGUCCUCUCAAUACUCGCAUGGACACAAAGGCGGCGAUGUUGAAAGACUAUGGUUCUCGUGAUGAAGAAUUUAUUAAAACUGUCAGUUAUAUUCGUUCAAACGUACUUCUGCUUGCUGGUCUGUCGGAGGACAAAUACACCUGCAUACCCAUGCAAGGUGCUGGUACCAUGGGUGUAGAGUCUGUGAUUGGAACUACAGUACCAAAAGAUGGAAAGUUGCUAGUUUGUAGCAAUGGUGCAUACGGUGAUAGAAUAGCUAGUAUUGCUGAUGUGUUAGGAAUAAAUACGGUGUAUCUUAAAGAUCCUGAAACAGAAACCACCAAUGUUGAAAGAGUUAAAGAUAUUUUAGUUAAUGACAAAACGAUUACCAAUGUUGCAAUGGUGCAUUGUGAGACUACAACUGGAAUAUUUAAUCCAAUUGAAGAAGUUGGUGAAGUUAUACGCAUUUAUUCUCCAGAUGCUUCCUUCUUUGUUGAUGCAAUGAGUACUUUUGCUGCUGUUCCCAUUGAUUUUGAGAAGUCAAAUAUUGAUUUUCUUGUUAGUUCUGCUAAUAAGUGCAUAGAAGGAGUUCCUGGGUUCUCAUUUAUCAUUGCAGAUAUUGAGAAAUUAUUAAAAUGCAAAGGAAAUGCUCGAAGUCUUAGCUUGGAUGCAUUUUCUCAGUUUCAAGGGUUGUUGUCCAAUGGACAAUUCAGAUUCACACCACCAACACAUGCCAUAUUGGCAUUUAAGAAAGCAAUAGAUUUUCAAAAAGACGAAGGAGGAGUUAAAGCACGUUCAGAAAGGUAUCAAGAGAAUCGUCGGAUUUUGAAGGAUGGUAUGAAAAAAAUGGGUUUUAAAGAAUUGCUUAAAGAUAUUGACCAAGGGUACAUCAUUACGUCAUAUUUCUUUCCUGAUCAUCCAAAUUUCACUUUCGAAGAAUUUUACAAGCGUCUGAGCGACAAAGGGCAAGUAAUAUACCCGGGAAAGGUUAGCCAAGCAAAUUGUUUUCGUAUUGGUAAUAUAGGAUGCCUUUAUCCAGAUGAUAUGGAAAAGUUGUUAUCGUGUAUUGAGAGUGUGUGUCGCGAAAUGAAUAUAGAGCUGCCUUUACAUUGAAAGAGAACCACCAAAAAUACAUUUGUGAUAUGGAAAUGAUAAUGAAAAAUAACAGUUGAUUUUACAAAUUAUAAAUAAACAAAUUGUAAUUACAAUUAUUUUUAUAACGAUGGUAAAUCUAGUAGUUAGUAUAGUGUGUUACAUGAAGUUACAACUUUUCAUACACUGGACAAAUGUAGCUUUACAACUAUAAAAAAUAGCUUUUGCUCUAUUGACGUCUAUUUCAGCUGCUUUUGAUAAAACUUUCAAAAAUAAGUGAAAAUGUAUAAAAACAUUACCAAUCAGAAUUUUACGAAAUUUUCAAUGAAGAAUAGAACUUUUCAAAAGCAAGCUGAAAUCGCCGGUAAUGCCAUAGUUAUUUAUAUACUGCUAUACUAACGGUUUCAACCUUGCUCUGCAAAAAAAUGUUCAAAUGUUUACUUAAAAUUAUGGCGUAUCCAAAGGGCGAACAAGUGCAUGCUCCAUAUCAUUACAAUUAUCGCCCAAAACUCCAUAAUAUAAAAUUUCAUUCCUGUCAAAAGCCUUAACAACUGGAAACAAAAUAUUCUUUUAUUGACUUCAUUGAUGAAAUUUUAUAAAUUAUUAAAUAUGAUAGUAAUAAUGUGGAAAUAAAAAAUGGGAUAAGGUUGCUUGUUCUUAA